CAGCGAUACCUAUGUAUUAUUGCCGGACAAGUCUAAAUGCUCGUGGCCAUUAAUAUCAUCGCAUUCAUUGAGUUCAGACAACUUUAAUUGAAAUACACCACAUCGGGCUUAAUCAUCUGACACGAAAUCGAGAAGAUUUGCUGUUGUAAUGAGUGGAUUCAGUUUUCCACCACCUCCGCCGCCACCUCCGAAAAUCAAUAGUGCACACAAUGAGAAUUCCGUCCAGAUUCGAGGAAAUGGACGAGGGCGAGGCAACAAUUUCGCGCAUGGACGCGGUACAGGAAAUGCUCAUCGCGGACGACAUGAUACAUUAAACCACUCCGAGCGACAACAGAGCUGGCAUCGCGGCCCUCCAACCCAAGCAUCUCGAAACGGCCAAUAUGAAUCACACUUUCCUACACCAGACAGCUCAAACUCCAGAAGUUGGCCGGGACCCAACAAUUUCGAUCAGCAUCGCUUCGGUGCGCAAGCAGUUGGAAAAAUUCCUCAGAAGAUCGAUACUCCUCCACGAACAGUCGCCGGUCACAAGCGAAAACUAGAAGCGCUUCGGGGCCCGCAGAUUGCAGGUUCAUCGGGACCACCAACGGCGCCAUCAGUCCCCACGUUUGGUGCUCCAAUCUUGAACCAGCCGUCCCCGUCAGUACAUUCUCGACCGAGUCCUAGCUCGUCGAGUAUUCUUCCCCCAAACAUCAAGGAUGAUGCAUCCAAAUCCGCUCCUCGAAAAUCUAAUGCACUUGGAUUGACUCCGGGGGAGGAGCCACACUAUUCAUCAUCGGAGCAUGAGGCAGAUGAUCAGGAUGCAGAUGAAGACGUCGAUGAGGAGGCCAUGUUUGCUGAGCUCGGCACUAAACUCACAUUUGAGCACAAUGGCAGUAUCAUCUCACUAUCGUCUCCAGCAGAUCUGGCGCGUUGGAAAAGCGAACGAUUAAAGAAUUUCCCUACUCGCACUCGGAUGGCCGCGAAAAUCGACGAGAAGCGCGCUAUGGGUGAUAUGCGUAAACGACUUCUCUUCGAAGCUGCGGGUGCCUUGCGCACUGGGAACCGCACCGCUCCUCAGAUUUCGGCACACACGUCGAACCCUCACUCAAGUCAUGAUCUGGUACCGGCAAAGGAUAUAGUAGGAUCAAAAGGUACAGAUAGUAUCACAAAAGUGGAAGCCUCGAGUAAUUAUUCCCACGAGUCGACAGCGCUUCAGGCACGAGACGCUGGGUCAGUUUUGGUUGAUCAGCCAUCUCUGAGCAAGGACUUAAGUGAGACUGCAGUCGAUGGGAAUGCCGCUCCACACGUGAAAGCUGCAGUCGAAGAAGCAGGGAAUGCAAGUGAUGAAAAGGAUGCCCAGUCAGAAUCAGACGGCGGCGCGCCCGAAUCAGUCAGCUCCAAGCAGCCUGUGAAGUCCUCAGGCGAGCACCUGCCGGCGCACAAGCCCAGAGAUGAGCGGAGCAUUUCUCGACCAAAGAAGCCGAUACGGUCUGUAGCAUCACAUGGUGAGAAACGAGGGAUCUACCAGGCACUCAUCGAGCAGGAGCAGCAUGGUCAGCAUGUGCUAGCAUUGGCAGUGAUCAAGAGUCUGGGCAAAGCAGGUUUUUUCACAUGCUCGGAAUAAAGAUCUUGUGUGUCAAUGUUGCUAAGUGAUAGCUCUUUCGAAACGAUGGAAAUUAUUUCACGUGUCAAACCAUACGAAUUGUGUUUCAAGGCUUCACUCCGUCGUCAUUCACUAGCGCUGAUGCAUUGCACGACGACCGUCUAAAUGGUCGACGCCAUUGUACAAAUUUUGAAGCUG